AUGUCCGGUCUCCCCGCCGCUCCCGGCACCUCCAGGCAGCUGCCCAUCAACCUCUUCACCCGCUCUGGCACCGACGCCAUCCCCGCCUCCACCUACUUUAUCCCCUCCGACUGGCGCCGAUUCCAGCUGUCCGAACUCAUCAACAACGUCCUCCAGAACACUCCCGAGAACGGGCGUAAGCCCGUGCCUUUCGACUUUUUGGUGAAUGGUGAGGUUCUCCGGGGCAGCUUGGAGAGCUGGGCAAAGAAGAACCGAGGAGGGGAUGAGGAAAGUUCGAUUGAUGUCGAGUAUGUGAGGAGUGUGAUGCCGCCUGAGGAGGCUGGGAGGGUGGAGGUGGAAGACUGGGUUUCUGGCUUGAGCUUGGGAAGGAAUGGCUACAUCCUCCUCUCCUCUUACCUCUCCCACCUCCAAAUCCUCCCCCUCGCCAACCCUUCAUCCACCCUUUACACCCUCCCCCUCCCCACCUCCCUCGGAGCCACCUCCUGCGCAUGGGUCUCCCCCUCUUCCCAACAACGCGACAUCCUCCUCGCCGCCGGCAGCGUCGACCGCCAAACCCACGUCUUCUCCAUCCCUUCCCUCUCCCCCGACGAGACCUCCACUCCCAGGGAGAUUUACACUCUGCACGGCCACACUGGCCCUGUCUCUGAUGUGAUCGCGAGCAAGAGCGGGUCUGAAAUCGUAUCGGCCUCUUGGGAUGGGUCGGUCAACCUUUACGCUUUGCCCAAUGAAGAACCUACCGAGCACCAGCUCCCUGCCGACCCCACCUCUUACCUCCCUGGGCAAGGUACCAAGAAGCGCAGAAAGCUCGAAAAGAGCCGAGAGAAGGAUGGCGAGGAAAAAGACAAGAUUGAAGGUCUUACCGAUUUGGACGCUACCGGCGAAGGCGGAUGGAGGAGGACGCCUGAUAUCACUUUGCGGGCGCAUACCGGCAGGGUAGGCGCGUUGGUAUGGGACAAGCUGAAUGAUGCCAAGCUCUGGUCUGCUGGGUGGGAUGGAAGUCUGAGAGAGUGGGAUGUGCAGGCUGGAGGCGUGGCUGGUCAAGUGAGGCAGGGGCCGUUCGACAAGAGUCUGUUGGGCGUGGAUAUGUGGGCUGUGAAUGGGGUGAUCGCUACGGGAAGUAUGGACCGUACCGUCUGCUUGUGGGAUACUCGUCAAGCGACAUCUUUGAUCUCCUUGACGCUCCCCACCACAUCCCCCGUCCCCUCCGUGACCUGCCACCCCACCUCCCCAUUCACCCUCGCCUCCGCCACUUACUCUGGCCUCGUCCAAAUCUGGGACAUCCGUUCCCCCAAAUCACCCCUCUUCACCGUAUCGAAAGCCGCCAACAAGGCUGCCUCUGGGGAAGCAAGGACAGUGACGAAGAAUGGUAAAGUGUUGGGGGAGCGGUUGUUGAGCGUUGAUUGGGAUGGAGAUGUUUUGGUUGCUGGAGGAGAGGAUGGGGAGGUCGGCGUUUGGAGGGCAAGGGGAGAGUAG